AUGACAAGGUUCAAUUCACCGUUUGUUAAACAAACGUCAUUUGAAGUGGAAUAUGCUCCUGCAUUCAUCACAAAAUGGAGAUCACAACGCACAGGUUUGCAAUUAACUUAUAUCAACCAACCAUCUCCUGUAGUGAAUGGAUACUUUGCCGUUGCCACUGAGAUCAGUGAUGAUUCGGGCUCGCCGCAUACUUUGGAACAUUUAAUCUUUAUGGGAUCAAAAAAGUACCCUUAUAAAGGGUUAUUGGAUACUUUGGGUAAUCGACUUUAUUCUAAUACAAAUGCAUGGACAGCUACUGAUCAGACAGUGUAUACGCUAACUACAGCAGGGUGGGAUGGGUUUAAGACGUUGUUGCCCAUUUAUUUAGAUCAUUUGUUUAAUCCAACUUUAACUGAUGAAGCAUGCUUAACUGAGGUUUAUCAUGUUGAUGGAAGGGGAAAAGAGAAGGGAGUCGUGUUUAGUGAAAUGCAGGGGAUUCAAGGACAAUCGUGGUUUGAGACUUCUAAUCAUUUGCAAAAGUUGUUGUAUGCUCCUGGGCUGGGCUACUCUUCUGAAACUGGUGGGUUAAUGGCUGAAUUGCGCCAUUUGACUAAUGAAAGAAUAAAGGAGUUCCAUAAGUCAAUGUAUAGGCCUGAUAAUUUAUGUGUGAUUAUCACUGGGUCAGUUGAUCAGGAUGAAUUGUUGCAAAUCAUGACUGAUUUUGAUGCUGAGUUGGAGGAGUUGCCUCCUGUGGCUAAUGAAAGACCAUUUGUCGAUUCAAAGCAUGAUGAGCCAUUGACGGAAGACAUUGUUAAAGUGGUCGAGUUUCCUGAGACUGAUGAGUCAACCGGUGAAGUGUUGGUGUCUUGGAUAGGUCCAUUGGGUGACGACCCAAUUAUUAAUACCGCUGUUGAUAUGGUGGGAGUUGCAUUUACAGACAGUGCCAUUUCCUUGUUUAAUAAGCAUCUUGUUGAGAUCGAUAAUCCGUAUGCUACUGAUGUGGAGUAUCACACUGAUGAUUAUUAUAGAACAGCAUUGAAUUUCAUUUGUAAUGGUGUGCCAACCGAGAAAUUGGAGGAGUUGGCGGUGAAGUUGAAGGAAUUGAUUAAAUCCCAAACUAAUCCUGAAGAAUUUAACUUGUUGUAUAUGAGACAAAUUAUCAAUCAACAACGAUUGAAAUUCAUAUCUCAAACUGAGAAAUCACCCGUUGCAUUUUCCAACAUUGCUAUACUUGAUUUCAUUUAUGGAAACCCUGAUGGUAGUGAUUUACCGAAAUGGGCGCAAAACUUGGCUGAAUAUGAUGAUUUGUUAACCUGGACAUCUCAGCAAUGGUGUAAUUUGAUCAAGGAGUACUUUGUUGACAAUAAGAGCGCUACUGUGUUGGGAACUCCGUCAAGGAAAUUAAAUGAUGAACUUAAAAAGCAACAACGCGAGUUUAACAAGAGUGUGAAAGCGAAGCUAGGAGUGGAAGGGUUGAAACAAGCUGAGGAGAAAUUGAUUGCUUCCCAUGAGUUUAAUGAUCGUCCAAUACCCGAGGAGUUGCUUGUUGCGUUUGCAAAGCCCGAUCCGUCGAAAAUCGCCUUUAUCAAAACAGACUCAUAUAAAGCUGGAUACAAUAAAGGAAUUGUCAAUAUAAACACUAACCAAUACAUUGAAUCAGGUGAAAUUCAUGCAAAGCUUAAUCAAGAUACUCCUUCCAAUUUCCCCCUUUUCAUGCAUUUUGAAAGUUUUAAAUCACAAUUUGUCACGAUUCAACUAGUAAUGUCGUCGACUGAAAUCAAACCUCAUUUACUAAAAUACAUGUCGGUCAUUGAAGAGAUUUUUUCCAUGUCAAUCAAGUUACCCAAUGGUGACUAUUUACCUUAUGAGCAAGUUGUGGCUGAUUUAAAUCGUGAUUUGAUUGAGUUUCAAUUAGAUAAUGGGUUCAAUUAUCAGUUUCUCGAUUUGAUUUCGAUGCUGGUUAAAUGUGAGGCAUCAAAAUACACAACGGCAAUCAAUUGGUUGUAUAAAAUUGUCAAUUUUGUUGAAUUUGAACAAGCGAGGAUUAAAGUCAUUAUUGAAAAGAUAUUGGGUUCGUUGCCGGAUAAGAAACGGAAUGGAGAAUUGAUGAUGUAUUCAUCACAGUUUAGAAACUUGUUUAAUGAUUCAUCAUUGAGGAAACAACAGGAUGCUAUAAAUACUGAGUCAUUUUAUAAAGAGUUGUUGCAAUUGAUCAACGAGGGCAAAUUCAAUGAAAUCAAACGAGACUUGGAUGAGAUUAAACUGAGCUUAUUCCAAUUGGAUAACAUCAAAGUGAUUAUAUUGGGAGAUGUGUCAGCUUUGGAAACGCCAGUUAGCUCAUGGGAUAAAUUUGUGUCAUCAUCUCCACCGGUCCAAAAAGAAGAAAUUGUAUCAUCCAUUGUUCCAUUUAGUCAAUUACCACGAUCAUUUCAAUUCCAAUCGGCAUUGGGUCAACGCUGCCACUAUGAAGCGUUUCUCAUCGAUAUGCGUGCCACCGAAUCAACCCAUUUAGUUAGCGUUUCGCCCAUCCCCACUGAUUACUUACAUGAAGAUAUCCCCAGGAUUGCCUUGGCUAUCGAAUUCCUCUGUGCCGUUGAAGGCCCAUUUUGGCGAUCAAUAAGAGGAUCAGGACUAGCCUAUGGCGUAUCAAUGAAACAAAAUAUCGAAACUGGAUAUUUGAGUUUUAAUCUCUAUCGCGCAUCCGAUGCCAAACAAGCAUGGAUCAAGUCGCGCGAUAUUGUCAAACAAUAUGCCAAUGGAGAUUUGGUUAUUGAUGAAUUGAGUUUGGAAAAUGCAAUUGCCAUGAUUGUUAAUGAAUUGGCCAAUGCACAAGAAUCAAAUUAUGAUGCAGCAACUGCCAAAGUGAGUGACAAUUUGUUCAAACAGCGCGGACCCAAUUACAUCGAGUUGUUUUUGAACCAAUUGAAUCAAUUGAAUGUAAAUGAUGUGGUUUAUGUGUUGAAGAAAUAUUUUGUUAAUUUGUUUGAUAGUGGGAAAUCGGUUGUUUUUACUAGUUUGCCGAUGGAAAAAAUUGAAGAGAUGGGCAAGUUUUUGCAAACUGAGGGAUAUAACAUCAAUGUGGAGGAAGUUAAUACUGAUGGAUUAGAUGAGGAAGAAUUUGAAGAUGAGAGUGAAGAUGAGAGUGAAGAUGAGAGCGAUGAUGGGAGUGAUGAGGAUGAUGAUGCAAGUGAUGAAGAAUAA